CCUCAUUGUUGCCGUUUCGCCGACGAUUGGUGAAUAUCUUCCAACAAUCGCCAAGAACCAAGACGAUGAUGAUGGGGAGUGGCGACGAAGAGGAAGAGGUGGGUGCAGAGCUGCGGGCUGUGCUCAAUGAUGGGGAGGAAGUGGUGUGCUUCCUGCUGGCGGCAGGUGCACAAGACAGCGAAGGUAGUGACGCGAGCGAGCAACAAGCGUUCCCUACCCAGGGUGCCGCGAGGCGCGAGUUUAUGGCUCUCAUCAAACACAGGCGGCGCCAUCAUGAAUAUCCCGUGCUUGUCGGGACCCUCGGGAACGAGCAAGACCCCAUGGCGAAGGUGACGCUGGCAUUCCCUGUGCUCGAGUCCACCGCCGUCAAAGUGUGCCUCGACGAGCACCGCACAGACGCCAACAAUAUGGCGCUCGCCACAGGCAUCAGCAUUGAUGGCGACGUCGUCGAUAAGGGGCGGGUCACGUCAAUGCGGUACGAGUUCAGCUGCGACCCCAGCGGGGCAUCGACGGACGCCAUUCACAGCUUCAUCCUUGCCACGCACGAAGCCAUGGACAUUGCCUCACAACACCGGUUCCGCAGCAUAUCCGUGUCGCACACGUGGGUCGUCCAUCGCAAGUCGUGGGCGCCAUCAUCCAGAGACGAUCGUGGUCGUGCCGGCGAUGAUGACGACGAUCAUGAUGGUGAUCGUAUUGAUUUUGGAGAUGACGAUGAUGAUGAUGGAGAUGAUGAUGACACGGGCCGAAUGCGCUGGAAUUCGCGCACGGAGCAGCACAUGCUCUCAUUCGUCCAGCACAGAAACAUCACUGACAAGGCUCUACUCCAAAUGUGGAAGGAGGAGUGGAUUCGCUCGGAGCUUGCGCGGCGUCAAGACGAGUACACAGACUACGAGCCUCUCAACAUCUGCGUCGGCACGUUCAACGUCAACGGGCGGAAGCCAGACACGUCGCUGGCGCCCUGGCUCCUCAGCGGUGACCACGACAGCGUCGACCUCUUCAUAUUGGGGUUUCAAGAGGUGGACUUGAGCAAGGAAGCGUAUGUGUUUGAGUCAAAACGCGAGGAGGAAUGGGUCACGGUCAUCAACUCCAUCUUGUCACCUCUCGGCUACGUCAAGCUGCGCAGCAAGCAGCUUGUUGGAAUGCUGCUGCUGGCGUUUACGCGGCGGGAGCUGCUGCCGCACGUGGGGCAGGUCAGCACGUGCGCAAUGGGCACCGGCGUCAUGAACAUGCUGGGCAACAAAGGCGGUGUUGGCUUCAGUAUUCCAUUCAGAGACAGUCACCUGUGCUUCCUCAACACGCAUCUCGCUGCCCACGACGACAACGUCGCAAGACGCAACCAGAACCACCACGAUUUGUGCAAGGGCAUCUCGUUCCGGACGGGCGCCCGCACGCGCACCAUCUUCGACCACGACUAUCUCUUCUGGCUCGGCGACCUCAACUACAGAAUAGACCUCUUUGAUGCGACGAUCAAAGCGGCUGUGCAGAAGAUGAAUCUGGAAGAGCUGCUGGAACACGACCAGCUUCGCACGCAGCAGCGAAUCGGCGCGGCGUUUACGCAUUUUGUGGAGCCGGCGAUCGCGUUUGCGCCGACGUACAAAUACGACAUUGGCACGAGCACCUUUGAUACGAGCGAGAAACAGCGGAGUCCCGCGUACUGCGACCGAAUUCUGUUCUAUCAACCGCCCGACGGCACGCCGCUGUCAAGCCAGGUGUCGGUCCUUGAGUACACGUCUGCGCACGCCAUCACCAUCUCCGAUCACAAGCCCGUCCGCGGCCGCUUUCGUCUCAACCUGCGGGUGAUCAACGAGGAGCGACGGCGGGCGACGCGCGCUCUCGUCGUGCGCGAACUGGACGUCAUCGAGAACAGCGCCCUGCCGGAUGUCACCCUCGACUCCCAGGAGCUACACUUCCCCCACGUACACGUUGGAGAGAAAUACACGCAGCAGCUCACCAUCGCAAACGUCGGCAAGGUGGUUGCGCACUUCCAGUUUGCGGCGAAGGACGGCGAGACGGAGCCCCAUCCGCGCUGGAUGCACGUCGACUGCGGAGCCGGCUUUGUCAUGCCAGGACACAAGGUACCGCUGUGUCAUUGA